ACAGUGCUGGGGGAGUCCGAAGAUGGCGGCGUCGCGUCGCUCUCAGCAUCAUCACCACCAUCAUCAACAACAGCUCCAGCCCGCCCCAGGGGCUUCGGCGCCACCGCCACCACCUCCCCCACCACUCAGCCCCGGCCUGGCCCCGGGGACCACCCCAGCCUCCCCCACGGCGAGUGGCCUGGCCCCCUUUACCUCCCCGCGGCACGGCCUAGCGCUGCCGGAGGGGGAUGGCAGUCGGGAUCCGCCCGACAGGCCCCGAUCCCCGGACCCGGUUGACAGUACCAGCUGUUGCAACACCACCAGCACAAUCUGUACCGUCGCCGCCGCUCCCUUGGUCCCGGCGGUCUCUGCUUCAUCAGCCGUCGGGGUCCCUCCCAACCCAGCCGGUGGCGGCAGUAACAAUUCACCGUCGUCCUCUUCUUCCCCGACUUCUUCCUCAUCUUCUUCUCCGUCCUCCCCUGGAUCGAGCUUGGCGGAGAGUCCCGAGGCGGCCGGAGUUAGCACCACAGCAACAGUGGGGCCUGGGGCAGCGGGACCUGGGCCGGGGGUCCCAGCAGUGAGCGGGGCCCUACGGGAACUGUUGGAGGCCUGCCGCAAUGGGGACGUGUCCCGGGUAAAGAGGCUGGUGGACGCAGCAAACGUGAAUGCUAAGGACAUGGCCGGCCGGAAAUCUUCCCCCCUGCACUUCGCUGCAGGUUUUGGAAGGAAGGAUGUCGUAGAACACUUACUACAGAUGGGGGCUAACGUCCAUGCCCGUGACGACGGAGGUCUCAUCCCACUUCAUAACGCCUGCUCUUUCGGCCAUGCUGAGGUUGUGAGUCUGUUACUGUGCCAGGGAGCCGACCCAAACGCCAGGGACAACUGGAACUACACUCCUCUGCAUGAAGCUGCUAUUAAAGGGAAAAUUGAUGUAUGUAUUGUGCUGCUGCAGCACGGAGCCGAUCCAAACAUUCGGAACACCGACGGGAAGUCAGCCCUGGACCUGGCCGACCCUUCCGCAAAAGCCGUUCUUACCGGUGAAUACAAGAAAGACGAACUCCUAGAAGCUGCUAGGAGUGGUAAUGAAGAAAAACUAAUGGCUUUACUGACUCCUCUAAAUGUGAAUUGCCAUGCAAGUGAUGGACGAAAGUCUACUCCUUUGCAUCUAGCAGCGGGCUACAACAGAGUUCGCAUAGUUCAGCUGCUUCUCCAGCAUGGUGCUGAUGUUCAUGCAAAAGACAAAGGUGGACUUGUGCCUCUUCAUAAUGCAUGUUCAUAUGGACAUUACGAAGUCACAGAACUGCUACUAAAGCAUGGAGCCUGUGUUAAUGCUAUGGACCUCUGGCAGUUCACUCCGCUCCAUGAGGCUGCUUCCAAGAACCGUGUCGAAGUCUGCUCUUUGUUACUUAGCCAUGGUGCUGAUCCUACGCUAGUCAAUUGCCAUGGGAAAAGCGCUGUGGAUAUGGCUCCAACUCCUGAGCUCCGGGAGAGAUUGACUUAUGAAUUUAAAGGUCAUUCUUUACUACAAGCAGCCAGAGAAGCAGACCUAGCCAAAGUUAAAAAAACACUUGCCUUGGAAAUCAUUAAUUUCAAACAACCACAGUCUCAUGAAACUGCAUUGCACUGUGCUGUGGCCUCCCUCCAUCCCAAGCGAAAACAAGUGACAGAAUUGUUACUUAGAAAAGGAGCAAAUGUUAAUGAAAAAAAUAAAGAUUUCAUGACUCCUCUGCAUGUUGCAGCAGAAAGAGCUCACAAUGAUGUCAUGGAAGUUCUACACAAGCAUGGAGCAAAGAUGAAUGCACUGGACACUCUCGGUCAGACCGCUCUGCAUAGAGCCGCCCUUGCCGGCCACCUGCAGACCUGCCGCCUCCUGCUGAGUUACGGCUCUGACCCCUCCAUCAUCUCCUUACAAGGCUUCACAGCGGCGCAGAUGGGGAACGAAGCCGUGCAGCAGAUCCUGAGCGAAAGUACACCUAUACGUACUUCUGACGUUGACUAUCGACUCUUAGAGGCAUCUAAAGCUGGAGACUUGGAAACUGUGAAGCAACUUUGCAGCCCUCAAAAUGUGAAUUGCAGAGACUUGGAGGGCCGCCAUUCUACACCCUUACACUUUGCGGCAGGCUACAAUCGUGUGUCUGUUGUGGAGUACCUUCUACACCACGGUGCCGACGUCCAUGCCAAAGACAAAGGUGGCUUGGUGCCCCUUCAUAAUGCUUGUUCGUAUGGACACUAUGAGGUGGCCGAGCUUUUGGUGAGGCACGGGGCCUCUGUCAAUGUUGCGGACUUGUGGAAGUUUACCCCUCUCCAUGAAGCGGCAGCGAAAGGCAAAUACGAAAUCUGCAAGCUCCUUUUAAAACAUGGAGCAGAUCCAACUAAAAAGAACAGAGAUGGAAAUACACCUUUAGAUUUGGUUAAAGAAGGGGACACAGACAUUCAGGACUUGCUGAGAGGAGAUGCUGCCUUGUUGGAUGCUGCCAAGAAGGGCUGCCUGGCAAGAGUGCAGAAGCUCUGUACCCCAGAGAAUAUCAACUGCAGAGACACCCAGGGCAGAAACUCAACCCCUCUGCACCUGGCAGCUGGCUACAAUAACCUGGAAGUUGCUGAAUAUCUUCUAGAGCAUGGAGCAGAUGUUAAUGCACAAGACAAAGGUGGCUUAAUUCCCCUUCAUAAUGCAGCAUCCUAUGGGCAUGUGGACAUAGCAGCAUUAUUGAUAAAAUACAACACAUGUGUAAAUGCAACAGAUAAGUGGGCGUUCACUCCACUUCAUGAAGCAGCCCAGAAAGGAAGGACCCAGUUAUGUGCCCUCCUCCUAGCACAUGGAGCAGAUCCCACUAUGAAGAACCAAGAAGGUCAGACGCCGUUAGAUCUGGCAACAGCUGAUGAUAUCAGAGCUCUGCUGAUAGAUGCCAUGCCCCCAGAGGCCUUACCCACCUGUUUUAAACCUCAGGCUACUGUAGUGAGUGCCUCUCUAAUCUCACCAGCAUCCACCCCCUCCUGCCUGUCUGCCGCCAGCAGCAUAGACAACCUCACUGUCCCGUUAGCAGAACUGGCGGUGGGAGGAGCAUCCAACACCGGGGAUGGCGCAGCGGGCACAGAAAGGAAGGAAGGGGAAGUUGCAGGGCUUGACAUGAAUAUCAGUCAGUUUCUAAAAAGCCUUGGUCUUGAACAUCUUCGAGACAUCUUUGAAACAGAACAGAUUACGCUAGAUGUACUGGCUGAUAUGGGUCAUGAAGAGUUGAAAGAAAUAGGCAUCAAUGCAUAUGGACACCGCCAUAAACUAAUCAAAGGAGUGGAAAGACUCUUAGGUGGACAACAAGGAACCAACCCUUAUUUGACUUUUCACUGUGUUAAUCAGGGAACUAUUUUGUUGGAUCUUGCUCCAGAAGAUAAGGAGUAUCAGUCAGUAGAAGAAGAGAUGCAAAGUACAAUUCGAGAGCACAGAGAUGGUGGUAAUGCCGGCGGUAUCUUCAACAGAUAUAAUGUCAUUCGAAUUCAAAAAGUUGUCAACAAGAAGUUGAGGGAACGGUUCUGUCACAGACAGAAGGAAGUGUCUGAAGAGAAUCAUAACCAUCACAACGAGCGCAUGUUGUUUCACGGUUCUCCUUUCAUUAAUGCCAUCAUUCAUAAAGGGUUUGAUGAGCGCCAUGCAUACAUAGGAGGAAUGUUUGGUGCUGGUAUUUAUUUUGCUGAAAACUCCUCUAAAAGCAACCAGUAUGUUUAUGGGAUUGGAGGAGGAACAGGCUGCCCCACACACAAAGAUCGGUCAUGUUACAUAUGCCACAGACAAAUGCUUUUCUGUAGAGUGACCCUUGGAAAAUCCUUUCUGCAAUUCAGCACCAUGAAAAUGGCUCAUGCCCCUCCAGGACAUCACUCGGUUAUUGGGAGACCAAGUGUGAAUGGGCUGGCGUACGCCGAAUACGUCAUCUACAGGGGAGAACAGGCCUACCCGGAGUAUCUCAUCACCUACCAGAUCAUGAAGCCCGAGGCUCCAUCACAGACUGCCACGGCUGCGGAGCAGAAGACCUAGUGAAUGCCCACUGGUGCAGGCCAGAUCGGAUCUAAACUGGGACUGGAUUGUAAUGGAUUGUUUCCAACAAAGUCAAUAUUCUAUCAAUCCCUGACAGCCUAGAAUAAGCUGUUUGUCUUAUGAAGCAUUGCGAUAGUGAUGAAUAUAGUAUGAGUAACUGAUACAUACUCAACUGCUGCUGUUCCCGUUGAGGAAAUGUUUACAGGGGCGGCCUUUUAAUAUAUCUCAGGCUCACUUUCAUUGCAAUUAUCCAUUUCUAAAUUAAGAUUGCUUUGAUCUAGACUUGGAAAUGGAGACAAAGAAAACAACCAAUACUUUCCCAAAUGUUCACAAUUUACACACUACAUUUGCUUUGCUUUGUUAUAUAUAUGGCACAUGUGUAUAACAAGUAUGCAUACGCCAGCUCAUUUUUAGUUUUUUCUAAACAUGCGUCAUUGGCUUUUUUGUUCUUUGAUAAUGAGCCAGAGAGCCUUCUUGAGGAUACUUUACACAAAGUCACACUGACUAAAAUCAGUAGCAAUGCAGCCCAAGCUUCUGGCUGAGGAACACUAGUUUCCACCUUUUUUUCACUUUGAUUUAUUUUAUAUCUGUACCUCUUAAACACAUAAAUUGAGAUGAAAAGAAAACACGUCAAGUUUCCGUCCUUUUAUUAAUUGGCCAGUCUUACAAGGGAAAGGCACAGACAUCAACCUGACUUAGGAGCUCUCACGGUCAGAGAAGGCGGGUCGGUGAGGGCCCCCUGCUCUCUCCAACACAAGCCUGGGCCGAGGUGGACGGGGCGCCGGAGCCCAGAGGAGCACAGGCAGGGAGAGGUUUGAGUGACGCUGUCGUCAGGCUCAGAGGGGAGACCACGAGGGAGGGCCGCGCAGGAGAAGCCGCGCAGCACGUGCGAGGGGCCUGUGGGUCUGGCCUGUUGCGGCGGAAAAGGACCGCGGGGACUCCUCACAGGACAAAAUUCUCUUCCGUGAUCCGCCCCGCCAGAAUUGUCGCCCCCCAAAUUAGCUGCCUUAUUUCCAAAUUCAGUCAAAUUAGUGUACUUCAUUGAAGUCACAAAAAUUUUACUCUCUCGUUUAGGUUAGAAAGCUAGGCUUUGAAUCCUGUUUAGUAGAUGGAUAGGCACAAAUGCAAGAACUUUCCUGUUUACUCCAGAUUCGGGGUUUAUUUUGAGUGAGGUGCUUCAAAUAGUUUAUGGAGGUCCCUGCACUGAAUUUUUGAACCCUUUCUUCAAACAGUGUAAUAGACAAGGAGAACAAAAACUUGAAACCAAAGCUCUUUCAGUUACUUUUUUAAAUGAAGGGGGAGAAAUACUUUACUGUUACUUCUGAAAUUACUACUUUGUUUUGCUCAUUUUAAUCAACAUUUGCCAAGUGCACAUCAAUACCUGUAAAACAUUACCCAUUACAGUUCUCACGCUUGCCCUUUUCAUCUUAACUGAAUGUCAAAUUGAGUGCGUUGAUUUACUUGGACAUGCUGCGCACCUACUCAGCUUUGAAGCAAAAGUAAUAUGUAGUGUAUAAAAAGAAAACCAGUGUGGCACAGACUUGGCAUUUCAACUUAAAGUCCUGAAAACUAAAGUGUUUUUAAUACAGGCUGAUUAAGCUGUGACUUCAUUUAAUCGCCUAAAUAAAAAUAAAAUAGUUAUCUGCAAAAAUUCUAUAAUAGGCUCUUAAAAUAAUACAUUUUGCUUUCUUUCUGGCUUGAGUCCAUUGCUAGAUCUAGGCAUUGGGAACUAGAUUGAGUUUCAUAGCUGAAUCUUGCAUGGGUCCUCAAAAUUAAAUCAAGAACUAGCCUUCGUUUUCGCUUCUAUUGCAGUUUUAGUGGACUGAGCUGGGUGUUUUUGUCUUGGCUGCUCGUUUAAUAGCACCAGGCUUCCACAUGAAGCUUUGAAGUUUGAUGUUCACUAAGAGGGCUUUUCUCCUUUCCUCCUGUUUUGCUGUGUGUAAUACUGGGCUGAAGGCAUCAACAUUCUGUGUAGUUUUCAGUAGCUGUGAAAGUGUAUGUUACUUGCCUCUCCACUUAGCUAUAGUUUAAAAUGGUGAACACAGCUGUGAUUUUUAGUUAAGUGAAAGAGUAAAUACAGUAUAGAUACCGAAAGCCACUACCCAACUGUGGUCAUGUGUCAUUUCCCUCCUACUAACUAGAUUCAUGGAUGUGCCAGUUUUAAACUUCAGCCUUACACUUGACAAGUUAAACCAUGGUUCAGUAUUGAAAUUGCCAACGUUAUGUAUCGUGCGUUCUGUGUGCCGAGUAAAGGUACUGUGUGAGGAAGACACUUGCGGUGCUUUUUGUCUUGUAAUAAUUCAAGUAUAUAAUAGUUCUUGGGAGAGUGUGUACAUAUUAUUCAUCGGCUAAAGAAAAUGGGUUAAUUGGUAUCUCACAGGAGCCAAAUACAACUUUUCACCCAAAACUUGAAAACCAAAGGUCAUCAUGAGUGCACUCAAAUGAGCAAAAGUUGAUUACGUUUGGAAUUUGCAUCUAUAGCAAUGCGAAAAACCCUCUGGAAUGCAAAAGCAUGGCAUUGAAUUAGGCAGAAAUCCAUGUAAGUUCUCGUAUUUGUACUAUAUAGAAACACAAGCAAGCUGAGGACUUCCAGUAUGGCCUGCCCGGAACUGGCCCCUCUGUUCCCCACACCAAAUGGGACACUGGACACGGCCCCCAGCCUCACCUCAGUACUGCAACCACAAGGCUCCAGGCGGGAUGGGCCCAGUUUAUUAGGUAUUGGCCGGCCUGCCGGCCUGAGUCAGGUGUCAGUUAUGCGCUCUGGACUGGACGCUUUCUCCUCCUUCUACUUGGCCUCCUUCCCGUUUCCCCAGGUUGCCAGCCUGGGCUCAUAAUUAGCUCUGACAUUUACCUUUGACCCCACUCAUUUUCCUCCUUUGUUCAUUUUGAAUCUUGUCCCUGUUUCCGUGUCACAACCAGAACCAGGUACGAGGCCCCCCAUGCUCUGCUCGGAAAGUUGUGCCUCAUCAUCAGCCAAGGGCAGCAUGGGACCCAGAGUUAGAAUUCUGUGAAAAAUGAGAGCCGUACAACCAGGAUUUUUACUUACCUUUUUCUUUGUGGAAUUUGAAAUUUUUAGCUUUUCAAUAAAAUGAGUAGAAUAAACAAUAUUAGGAUGUUUUCACAAAAUAGCAUCCUUGUGCUCAUUUGAGCUUCAUGUUGGUGGCUAGACUAGUUUCCCUUUGCUCUAACAAUAGCAAAGUGCAUUGAUUUACGUAAAUACCUGAAUAUGGCAAAUAAAGUAACAUAGAUCAAUGUUCUGUUAUUACAACCUUUAUACAAAAAAAUGUCAGCGUCCUCUGGAAGAACAGCAUUAGAAUGCAAUAAGCUGUCUAGGUUUUUCUCUCUCAGUGCAUCUCCUAAUUGCACAGUGGCGAUGUUGCCUGCCCUCUUUUUAAUCCAUGCACUCUGGAUUUCUGUAAACUGCCUUUGAAACGGAAAUGGUGUGUAUUUUAAGCACCUUUCCCCCAGUGUGUCCAGACCCCAUGUGCAUGGUAAUCUGUGAUAAACGGCCUUCUUACCGAAAGUGCUUGCGGUGUGCCAGGUGUCUUUUGGGCUAUUAUCUUGCACAGUGAAAAAGAUUUUAGUCAUUCAGGGAACACUAACAACUGACAUUAAUAUAAAGUUUCAUGUGUCAGAAAUUCAUUUCAAGACUAAAACUAAGCUUGUUUGAUGUCAAAUCAGCAACAGAGGAAUGAAAAGAAAGUAAUUAUGAAGAUAAUGUUUGAGCUUCAGUUGGACAUGUCUAGCGUAUGACAAGGAAAUACGUUUUUUUAGAAACCACCCUGGAAGAUGAGCCUUCUUCAGACACUUUUGUGGAUUCUGAAAUUAAUAGACAAUUAAAUAUUCUUAAGAGAGCCUUAACUGUGGCAGAAACUUUUUCACCUUUUAUAUCUUAAUAAGUUGUAAUUCCGUUUCUUAGUGUUUGAAAGGUGUCAGUGAGCCAGUGUAACAUUGUGUACUGCACUUCCUGUCAUGCUGUUUUGAUGGGGGUGCACUUCUUAAGCCUCGCUCCCUUACGCGCCAAGGAGCAGAUCUAAUCAGCCUGCUCCAGUUUCUCUCUGUCUGAAAUUCCCCAGCUACCAGAUCAUCUGGUUUGGAGGAGAAAUGCUAGAAAAAAUGUUAAAGCCUGUUAAGUUUUGUGUAUGUGGGGAGGCAGCAACAGUUCACCAAGUGGUACCCUGUAUAAUUUAAGUGUUGCACAAGCUGUUUUUUAAUCUUUUGAAACUAUAAGCCAUGGUGAUCGGGGAAAGCAGCAGGAAGCAUGCUCCGGGCGCGACAGUUCCUGCGUCUGCCGGAGCGUGCCGCCUGCCUUGAAAUAACAUUCACGCUGCAGAGAGGAUUACAGUUUGGCUCUUCAUCCUUUCACAUUUUCGUUUCUGUUUUACACUUUCCCAUCUCCACACCCACCCUGCCACCCAUCUUUUCAGGCAAAUUUCUUGUUCUCCACAAUUCAGAUUGUUUUGUUAGUUUUUAUCUGCCCAUUUCUGCAGACUCCCCUGAAAAGUGUUCGCAGAGAAAUGCAGUUAAACUCUGACAGUGGGGUGUCCCUUUCACACACACACCCCUGUGCCCCUCCCAAGGUGCAGGAUAAAAAGCUAGAAAACACAACAGUAAAAAUCAGAAAGCAACCAAAGUCUUCGAGGCCGAUAGCCUAGACCUAGAAGAUGAAGACCCUGACUAUAUAACCUUUGUAUUCAUUACACAAAAUACUUAAACUCUUCCUGUGCAUAUAUAAUGCCUGCUUCUGCUUCCAUUGUUUCAAGUUCAUCCUGUCUUUGUGAUAGUAGUGUUUGUCUUUGAUACCUACAAACUAAAAAGGUACUUUUAUCAACAAGGUUUCUCAAAAACAUUUACAAAACCAGCUUGGAGGAAAUCUAAAAUGUUUCCUAGCAACAGCAUUUGGCAUAGUCCUUGUACUUUUUCAACGUGUUGUUGGUCUGUGUAGUAACCAGUGUGGUGACUCUGGUUCAUUAUUAGUGUUGUUUUGGUUUUUUUUUAAACUUUAGUCUCUGUUUGACCCACCAGUGGCAGGAGGUUUCAGUCCCCUCCUUUUUCUUUUCUGCAUUUGUCUGUUUGUAGGAUUGCCAGAUAGAAUACAAGACACCCAGUUAAAUUUGAAUUUUAGGUAUAACUAGUUUUCUAGCUUAACCAUGUUUCGUACAUUACCUGCCAUAUAGUUACAAUAAAAAAAUUCCUAUUUAUUUGAACUUCAAAUUUGGCUGAGCAUCCUGGCUUUUUUGCUUUGUUUUAUUUUAUUUGACUGAAUCUGGCAACCCUAUCAGUUCGGUCAUGGGAAAUCGCUGACAGCAUGUAAAUUCUUUGCGUCUUCACUGUCUUUCCUGUGGUAUGGAAGACCUUUUUCUCCACCACCCUCUACUUUCCAAAAGAGGACAUCGAGGAACUUAACCUGCCUGCACGGUGGGCUCCUAUUUAAGGCAUCUUUAUGAUUAUAUUUAACCUGUAAUUGUGCUUUGGCUAAAUGUCUAACUUACAGUACUU